GACUCGUGAGUCAGAGUUCGUGAGGUGUGCUGGAUAGAGAGCAGCGCGCGGCCGCUCUUAACCCCAAAUAUCCACCGAUUCUCCUUCCAGAGACUCCGGGAAAAUCAUGGAGAGGAAAAGUCCAACAGGGAAGAAGUUUCGGAGUAAACCUCAGCUGGUGCGAUACCUGGGGAAGUCCAUGGAUCUGAGCUCGUUUGACUUCCGCACAGGGAAGAUGCUGAUGAGCAAACUCAACAAGAACAGGCAGAGGAUUCGCUCCGAUCACAGCCAGAACAAGGGUAAACCAGAUCUGAACACAUCUCUGCCAGUUCGACAGACGGCGUCCAUCUUUAAACAGCCCGUCACUAAAGUCACCAAUCACCCCAGUAAUAAAGUCAAGACGGACCCUCAGAAGGCUGUUGAGCAGCCCAGACAGUUGUUCUGGGAGAAGAAGCUGAGUGGACUCAAUGCGUUUGAUAUCGCGGAGGAGCUGGUCAAGACCAUGGAUCUGCCCAAAGGACUGCAAGGUGUGGGUCCGGGUUACUCAGAUAAGACUCUUCUUUCGGCUCUGGCCAGCGCUCUGCACACCAGCUCGGCCCCCAUCACGGGUCAGCUGUCGGCCGCUGUGGAGAAAAACCCUGGAGUUUGGCUGAACACCACACAGCCGCUCUGUAAAUCCUUCAUGGUGACCGAUGAAGACAUCAGGAAGCAGGAAGAUCUGGUGUUUAACGUGAGGAAGAGGCUGGAGGAAGCUUUGAUGGCAGACAUGCUGGCACACAUCGAGGAAGCAGCCGGAGACGACAAAAAACCUCUGAGCGAAGACUCCGCUGAGGAGGAGAUGGACACCGUAUAGCUGGAACAGACACACACAGCCGAUCAGAUGAGAGGCUGAACGAUGGCAAUAAGAACAACCCAGACGACCCAAAUGAACCCAAAGACGCAGUCAGACAUGACCUCUGACCCCUAUGCAGAAAACAAACCAUCUCCAGCUCAACUGUGAAAGAUUUACUUCACACAUUUCACACUUUUCUAAAGCUCCACACACUGCUUUCCUCACAUAAGCUUGUUUUAGCAGCGUUUGCUCUAUUUAGGUAUGUGUUCGUGACUGAGAACGUCAUCAUGUGUGUCCUAUAGACUGAGAUUUAGAUCAUCAUGAACAGCAUAAGCUAAUUGUCCAAUCAUGAUAUCAUUUAUUACACACACAAAAUGCCACGAUAUUAUAACUAAAACCUCGCAGAUGGUGUUGUUUUGAGGUAGCUGGUACAAAUAUGGUGCUCAAUUUUCUUGUUUCUUUAUAUUUUAGCUUUUGUUAUGAUGCUAAUGACGCUAACGGAUGAUGUUACUAGCGUAGAGUGACAUAAGCUCUUACAUCGGUGCUUGUAGAGUUGUUUUUGUUCCCUUCUAUAUACACAAAUCUGUCAUUUUCUAGCUUUUAUAAUAUUCCUCCAGUUAUCUUUUGUAAUGAGAUGGGAUUAGCCGGUUUGUUUAUAUAGGAAAUGUCAUGCUUUUGACAUGAUGGCGUAUGAGUUAUUAAUGCGGACGGUUUUGAUUUUAUUGACUUAUUCUUCACACAACUGAUGAUUAAUUUAAUAUAUGCUUUACACACACACACCCUGAUGUUUUUUCUUCACAUGUGACUGCACUGUGUGGUCAUAUCUGAGGUGAGGUGUUUUUAUAUUUUGCCCUAUUUUGUCCAAAACUUUGAUGAAGAAAAAUAAUUUGUAAACUUGGAAAAUAAACCUCUUUAAAAAUGUAAA